CCGGGAACGGCGCAGGGAGAAACCGCAUCCUGGUCUCGCUAGCUAGCAGCUGCUUUCCUCUUUAUGAAUCAUCUUUCCCAAGUAUUGCAUGCAAGCUUACAAUUGCGAGAGUUCCUUCCUUCCUCCUUCCUAACUACGCCCCUCAGCUGAAACGUUGAGAAAAGACAGGCUCAGACCCAAGAGAAAGCCUAAGUGACAGGAUGGAAGCAUGAAUGUGGUUCACGCUAACUGACGGAGUAAUUUGUCUGUUGCCAUGACAGCCAGCCAUUGCAAUCACUUGACUGAGGUCCUUCCAGACUGCACUAGCUUAGUUCCUUUAGUAAAAGCAGUGGAAGAUUCUGCUGAUGUCGUGAAUGGGCAGCCAGAAUAUGUGAUGCAAGUUUCAGCUAAAGACGGGCAGCUGCUAUCAACAGUUGUUAGGACGCUGAACGCGCACAGCACCCACCAUGACCGACCAAUGUGCCGGAUUUGCCAUGAAGGUAGCAACCAGGAAGAUCUGCUCUCCCCCUGCGAAUGUACAGGAACUCUAGGAACUAUUCAUAGAAGCUGCCUAGAGCACUGGCUUUCUUCUUCAAACACCAGUUACUGUGAACUCUGCCACUUCAAGUUUUCAGUGGAGCGUAAACCUAGACCAUUAAUAGAGUGGCUAAGAAAUCCAGGCCCACAACAUGAGAAGCGGACUUUGUUUGGAGAUAUUGUAUGCUUCCUGUUUAUAACCCCACUAGCCACAAUUUCUGGCUGGCUGUGUUUGCGAGGUGCAGUGGACCAUCUACACUUCAGCAGCCGACUAGAAGCAGUUGGACUCAUUGCAUUAACUACUGCACUCUUCACGAUUUAUCUAUUUUGGACUUUAGUUUCAUUCCGUUAUCACUGUCGAUUGUACAAUGAGUGGCGUCGAACCAAUCAACGAAUUAUACUGCUUAUACCAAAGUCAGCAGAUGUAUCACCUUCUCAACAAUUACUUCUUGGGCUGCAUCCAAUGAAAAGGAACUCAAAAGAGACGAUUGUAUGACAUAGAUAAUAAAAUGAG